CCAGGUUAGGCAAGGAAGAGCGAGAGUGCUGGAGCCGGUGCUUCCUUCUCCUGCGUCCUUCACCUGGAAGAGAGGCCAGAAAUGGAACGGGAGAGCCGCUGCUGCCUUGCAGGCCUCUGGGGAGCAGGGCAAGAGUUGAAGGAGCUACAGAAAAAGCUUUUCAAACGACGUCGUAUCGUGAGCAAGCAGAAGAGGAAGAAACACCGGAUUGUAGGAGCUGUGGUGGACGAGGGGCUCAUCACCAUUCACCACUUGAAGAAGCGAUCUUCCAGUGCCCGAGCGAACAUUACCCUCUCUGGGAAGAAGAGAAGGAAAUUGCUGAAGCAAAUCCGCCAUGCCACGAAGGAGAACACAGAAAUGCAGGUCGACUCCUCUCCUGGUCCCAGUAAAAAUGCCCAGAGUGGAAAACGGAAGAAGAAGAAAAAGGAAGAACCAACAGCCUGCCCAGAUGUGGAGAUGGAGCCUGCAGCAGAAUCCGAGAGCUCAGAUCUCCCUCUGAAGUCUCAAAGCCCUGUUCCCUGACUCUCUUCUGCUGCCUGGUGUUGGCAGGACUCUGGGGUGAGGGCCAAGGCUGCAAAACCAGGAAAGUCAGGCUGAUUGGGCAUUGAACGUCUUUCAGUCCCGUGAUGUUUGUUGCGCCUAAAUUUUCUUUAAAACCUGCACACAGUGUUGAGAGGUUUGUAGGACAGGCUGCAACUGUGGCAACACCCGUGCUGCCAUUUAAGGCACUGUGAUACCACGCCAAACAGUCCUGGCUUCCCCUAAAGCAUCCUGGGAACUGCCAUUUGUUAAGACUGCUGGGAGUUGUUAGAAGACCCCCUCUUCCCCUCACAGAGCUACAAUUCCCACAGUGAUGUAACAAUCAACCCCCCUUCCUUGGGAACUCUGGGAAUUGUAACUCUGGGGCUGGUGGGAGUUGGAGUCCAGCAACAGCUGAAAGGCCCUUGCUUUUGGCAACCAGCUCUAAAUACUUCCUACUUCAAAGUAGCAACUGCCUAGAGUUUGGGGGUUGGAAAAGGCCCCAAGGAUCAGUUUCCCCAGCCUCCUCAGUUAAGUGGGUGCAUGCCCUGGAGCAGGUUCCUGAAUGCACAACAUGGAAUAGCUUUUAAGGUUUGCCAAUGGCUAAACCACGUUUCCUAGAUCCUAAAGUGGGGGGGGGACCUGUAGACUGUUGUUGGACUGCAACUCCCACCAUCCUUGGCCGCGAUGGCUGGCGCUGAUGGGAGUUGGAGUCCAACAAAGACUAGAGGGCCACAAGUUCCUUAUCCCUGAACCAUAAGGGUUGGGAAGCUUUUUCUGCCUGAGUUCCUCUUGUCCUUGUGGCCAGCCUUCUGGAGGGCUAAUGCCAGUGGUGGGUGGGGCCAAGACAAAAGUGGGUGGGGCCAAAGCUGGAACACAUAGCAAAUACAGAUUUCUCUGUGUGUGUGUGUUUCUUCCCCCACCUUCCAAAAAGAUAUUGUGCUUUUAAAAAGCAUGGGGUGUGUGUGAGAACUUAAUGCAGAUUGUAGCUAGAGAGGGUUAACCCUUUCUCCACAAAAAUCUCUGGCACAGUCAUUAGGGUUGAAAAUGGUCUUCUUUUGGCACCAGCGUAGAAGGCUUUCCCCCCCAAAGGCUCGUUGCAGCCUGCAAGGGGAUUUUUGGCAGAGGGGCAUUGCAAGACCCAGGGAGUCCCCUCCUGCUGCCUCCUCCCAAAAAUGUACCUAUGUUGCAAUUAGGCUUGGAAAAGGUGCCACUAGCUGCUUUUCCCCCCAAGCCUAAUUGCUGCAGGCAGGUGGGGGAGGCCCAGCUUGCCACUUCCUCACCCCUGUUUGAAAAGGAUGAUGAUACAUGAAGGCUGCAAUCCUGUGCAGUUUCCAAUGAGCAAGUUCCAUUGAUGUCAAUGAGGCUCACUGCAGCAAAAAAAGCCAAGUGUAGCAGGUUUCGGGAACCUUUGGGUCUCUAGAUGUUGCUGAACUACAACUCUCAUCAUCUCCAGCAAGCAUGACCCAUGGCUCGGGAUGAUGGGAGUUGUAGCUGAGCAUCACUUGGAGGCCCAAAGGUUCCCCAUGCUUGAUGUAUAGGAUUUUGUUGGAUUCAGUUGGAGGGGGAACAAAACGUGCACUCGGAAACACAAAUUGGAUUGUCCUGCUUUAAUAUGUUCAACCUGAAUAUGUUCUAGGUAUUCAAGACUGUCACAAUAAAAUGGCAAGAAACAA